ACCACCCAGGUGUAUAACUGGUUGCCUACUAAAUUUGUUUCGCACGCGUGACAAAAUCGGACAGUUGUCACAUCGUUAAGUCGUUUUUGGUGCGAACGGUGCCAAAAUUUCAGUAUGCGGAGUCUUUAAGUGUACAAAAAGCCCCGAAUCGAACAUUAAAAGAUGGCGAGGUCGACUUCGAAGCCCAAGGAUCGUCGAGCCGAUGGUACCGGAUACGAUGAAAACGAUUCGCGAAAAACUGUCGCACAGGCUGCUCGGGACAUCGUCCACUUGUUGCGCGACAUCGAAAGGGGGUUGCGGGUGCGAGCGGAGGUCCAAUCCCCCGACACUAUAAUCAAGAAACUAGAGGAAGAAUGCAAGAAGUCCAGAAAGCCACGCGUUGUCGACUGCGACGAUCAAAACGGCUCAAUCGAGACGGUACAAGAUAUUAGGACAAAAAUCAAGGUCCGAACACCGCGAUCGACCACCCCCAGAUCGCUCUCGAGGGAGAGUUACAAUCCAUUGGGGGUGCUCAAGGACGAAGUGGAAAGGGCCAAGAGCGAACGCAAAACGUUCACCGUCAAAGGAAAUUUCCCCGCGAUUCGAAGGGCCCUGUUGACACGCGGAUGGGUAGAGAAAUACCACCCGAGCUACAGAGCCGCCGAAGCCACAAAGUAUCGACACUUCGACGUAAACGAGCUCGUCGCCUUGCUAAGGGACAAGGAGGCAGCGGACGUUUGCAGGAAAUUGAUCAAAUCAAAACUUCUGAGGGACCAUCAGGUGGACCUUUACUGGGACGCUGGGUUCGACGCCUUCAAGGAAUGCUCAGACAGCAAAAAGUUGACCUUGAUAAACAAAAUCCGAAGACAUCCGUGCAGCUAUACUAGCAAGCAGGGACUCUGGCAGAUAAUGCGAGACGCUCACUGGUACCAUAUACCUGGCGCAGCACUGGUCAGACAUCCCCGUUCGUAUCUGCUCGCGAAAGAUGGCGACACCGGCGGCUUCGUCGAAGAUUUCCACUUGACAGCCGCGGCUUCGCUACUGAAAUGGGCGGUGCUCAACAGCGCCACCAAGCGGUGUAAGCUGGUCAGCGUUUCAGGCAAAAUACCGAUGGAGACAUUCGAAUUUGCGGUCACCGAGUGCUACAAGCGAGUCAAGAGGUUCAAGCACCAAGACAUCGACCAGGAGGUUGCGGAGGCUGCGGAACGCGAGUGGCACGACUUCCUAGUGCACUUUUCCAAGGUCGUCCACGUAGGCAACCACUUUAGAAUACCCAACGGUGACGUCGACGCCGACGAAAUCGCGUCUGACAUGGUGCAAAAGUCGACGUUCCUGCUGAACGAGCUGCGCAAGUAUUCGCAGUCAUUGGACGCGGACGGUUUAAUGAAUAUUUGGAUCCUGAAGCCGGUGAACGGCAGCAGGGGAGUGGGGAUUCACAUGUGUCGCACCCUUGAUUCGGUCCUGAACGUGACAAAGGCAAACCCGAAUCGCAGAUACGUCGUCCAAAAAUAUAUAGAAAAACCCCUGCUGGUGCAUAACACCAAAUUCGAUAUCCGACAGUGGUUUCUAGUCAGCGCGACCGCCCCGCUGACUAUCUGGAUGUACAGGGUGUGCUAUUUGCGGUUCAGCUCGCAAACGUACGAUCUGAGGAAGCUGCACGAAUCGAUCCACCUUACGAACAAUUCAGUUCAGGUCAAGUACGCCCGCGGCACCCAUAAGGAUCCGAUACUACCGUCUUACAAUAUGUGGGACUCGGAAAAGUUCAAGAAUUACUUGUCCGACAUCGGCUAUCCUACCGUCUUCGACCUGGUUAUCUACGAGGGCAUGAAACAGGGCGUCGUCGCCGCCGUCAUGGCGUCUCGCGACAAGCUCGACAAGCGCAAAAACUGUUUCGAAUUGUACGGUGCGGAUUUCAUCCUGACGGAGGAUUUUCGACCGUGGCUGCUCGAAAUCAACUCGAAUCCGGCCCUGCAGGCGUCGACGCCGGUCACAGCCCGCCUCUGUCCCCAGGUCCUAGAGGACGUCAUCAAAGUGGUCGUAGAUCAGGCGACGGGAACGACCGGUAACUUCGAGCUCGUUUACGUCGACAAGGGCGACGUCGUCAUUGCAAAAGGCAGGCUGGCGGGGCAGCUGAAGGUCCUGGGGGAACCCCUAGGAGCAGAAUAUUUUUCCGGAGACCUGAACAUCGGACAUCCUACGGAAACGACGCCCGACGUGGAUCCGUUUCUGGCAGAGACCGGGGCCAAAAUCGGAGUAGUUUUGAACCGCCUCCUCGCGAUCGUAAAAGCGGAACGGUUAAAGAGGAAAAGGACGAAGGACAAGGACGCUAUCAAAACGCAAGCGGCGGCCAUAUAAAAUUUUAUUAUGUACACCCGCCCUCGGAGUCCCGCACAAUAUAC